AUGGACAAUCUCCGGAAGCUUAACCUUCUCUCUGUCUCCCUAAACAUAAUCAUCGUCUCUCUUGUCGUCGCCACCGAGUUACCCUUCUUGGAAAUGAAAUAUUCAAACAAAAACCCUUUCGGGAUGCUUUUGCGGCCGACUCCGACCACGAACCAGUCAUCGGCCCCACCUACUCUGGUCGGGUCAAACGAGUGUCAGGUCUGGACCAAGGCCUGUUCUCAAGAGAUUCUCAGGCUGGCUUAUGAGGAAGAGAACGUGUCGUGGCUCAAACGCGUGAGGAGGACGAUCCAUGAAAACCCGGAGCUAGCGUUCCAGGAGUACGAGACGAGUAAGCUUGUUCGUACCGAGCUGGACCGUAUGGGUAUCCGUUACAGGUAUCCGCUUGCUAAAACGGGUAUACGGGCUUGGAUCGGAUCCGGUGGCCCACCUUUUGUUGCUGUCCGGGCUGAUAUGGACGCACUCCCUAUUCAGGAAGCAGUGGAAUGGGAACACAAAAGUAAAGUUGCAGGCAAAAUGCAUGCUUGUGGUCAUGAUGCACAUGUGACUAUGCUUCUUGGAGCCGCCCAUAUUCUUAAGUCUCGCGAACAUCUUCUCAAGGGAACAGUGGUUCUAUUAUUCCAGCCAGCAGAAGAAGCUGGAAAUGGUGCUAAAAGAAUGAUCGGAGAUGGAGCUUUAGAUGAUGUGGAAGCUAUCUUCGCCGUCCAUGUUUCACAUAAUCAUCCGACCGGUGUGAUUGGAUCUAGGAGUGGUCCUUUACUCGCCGGAUGUGGGAUUUUCCAGGCGGUCAUUACUCUCGAGGAAAGCAGCGGCUCUGCUAAUCUUAUUUUAGCAGCAUCUUCCGCAGUUAUCAGCCUUCAAGGCAUUGUAUCUCGUGAAGCCAACCCUUUUGAUGCUCAGGUUGUGUCAGUGACUUCAUUUGAUGGUGGUAACAAUCUCGAUAUUGCGCCGGACACGGUGGUUCUUGGUGGCACUUUCAGAGCCUUUUCUAACUCGAGCUUUUACUACCUUAUGAAGCGUAUUCAAGAGGUACUCGUGGAACAAGUAGGGGUUUUCGGUUGCACAGCGACAGUCAACUUCUUUGAGAAGCAGAAUGCGAUCUACCCAUCACUCACAAAUAACGAUGCAAUAUACAAACAUUUAAAGAAAGUGACCGUCGAUUUGCUCGGAGAUAGCCAUUUCACGGUGGCUCCACAAAUGAUGGGAGCCGAAGAUUUUGCCUUCUACUCAGAGAUCAUUCCGGCCGCAUUCUACUUCAUUGGCAUAAGAAAUGAAGAACUCGGAUCAGUCCAUAUUGGUCACUCGCCUCAUUUCAUGAUCGAUGAAGAUAGUUUACCGGUUGGAGCCGCGGUUCAUGCCGCCGUGGCUGAAAGAUACUUAAAUGAACGUUCGUAA